GCUUUCUUCUGCAAUGUCUGAAGACGUGACCUACACGACACUCACCUUACAGGAUUCUGCUGGAACAAAAAAUAACCAGGAUGGAAAUAACCUAAGAAAAAAAGGGCACCCAGCUGGGUCUCCUAUAUGGCGCCACGCUGCCUUGAGCCUGCUGACUCUUAGCUUGAUGCUGCUGAUUGGAUUGGUGACCUUGGGGAUUAUGUUUUUACAGCUAUCAAAUGAAAUUAACUCAGAGUCAGAGAAAUUGAGUCAACUUCAGAAAAUUGUCCAUCGGCAGCAGGAUAAUUUUUCCCAGCAACUGGACAACUACAAUAACUUCCCUUUGGAGGAGGAAUUUCUCAGAUCACAGAUCUCCAGUCUAUUGAAGAGACAGGGACAAAUGGCCAUUAAACUCUGCCAAGAGCUAAUCAGUCAUAUCUCAGAUCACAGAUGUAAUCCUUGUCCUAAGACAUGGCAAUGGUACCAAAACAGUUGCUAUUAUUUUACAACAAGUGAAGAGAAAACCUGGACUAGCAGUAGAAAGGACUGCACAGAAAAGAACUCCACCUUGGUAAAGAUAGACAGCUUGGAAGAAAAGGAUUUUCUUAAGUCUCAGCCAUUACCCAUGUUUUCUUUGUUUUGGCUGGGGUUAUCAUGGCACCACUCUGGCAAAAGUUGGCUAUGGGAGGAUGGCUCUGUUCCCUCUCCAUCUUUAUUCAGUACUAAAGAACUUGCCCAGAUAAAUGGAUCCAGAGGAUGUGCUUAUUUUCAAAAAGGAAAUAUUUAUAUUUCUCGCUGUGGUGCUGAAAUUUCUUGGAUUUGUGAGAAGACAGCUGCUCUAGUGAAGAUUGAGGAUUUGGAGUAA